AUGAUACCGAUGGCCACUAUUUCAUCAACUCGAUCAGAAAAUGAAUUUUCCAAUAUGAAAUCAUUUUCAAAUUCAAUUGAAUCAAAUAUUACUAAUAGUUGUGGUACAUUUGAAAUAACAUCAGUCUCAGUUCAUGUUAAAUCGAUUAGUGCUGUUAUUGGUAGUCUAUGUUCAAUAUUUUAUUGGCGUCCAAUGUUGGUCUAUUAUUUUAAUGAUUAUAAAAAUGAACAUCAAGGUUCUCCAGCAUCAUUUCUUUUCAUAUUAAAAAUGUUUACAUCAAUGAAAUAUCCAAUGUUAGCAUUUAAUUAUUUUCAUCCAUUUCAUCCUAUGAAUUAUCCAAAUUUAAAAUUUUUUCAAUUGGCACCAAUGUAUCGUGAAGAAGCACGAGCAUUAUUAGCACUUAUGGAUCGUUAUGAUUGGAAUACAUUUUCAUUAAUUAUUGAUCCAAAUUUACCUGGUGAAGAAGAACUUAUUUCAGAAUUUGAACAAUAUUCUAAUAAUCAGCGAAGUUGUGGAAAAAUAUCGUGCAAUCGUUUACCGGGAAAAGGACAAAAAAAGUAA